ACGCUAGGCAGGAAGUCUCGCGAGGUCGGAGUGCUGUGGGGAGCGCUGGUGGGACGCGGUUCCCGGUUCAGGGAUGGGGCCGAGCCCUGCCGAUCCCCCCGUUGCCCGCCGACUACCUCAGCCUUGUUCGGCCGCUGCUCGCUGAAGAAGCUGAACAGGCGAAAGGACUCUCUUCCCCUGGUUGCCUAGGACCCUGUCGGCAGAGGCUCCCGAGUCCUAAUCGCCCGACGGCUGCGAGGGACUGAGACCAGAGUAUUCUUUUAGAAAUGAGUUGCACAAUUGAGAAGGCACUUGCUGAUGCCAAAGCUCUGGUUGAGAGGCUGAGGGAUCAUGAUGAUGCAGCAGAAUCUCUGAUUGAGCAGACCACGGCUCUCAACAAGCGAGUAGAAGCAAUGAAGCAGUAUCAGGAAGAAAUUCAAGAACUUAAUGAAGUUGCAAGACAUCGACCACGGUCUACAUUAGUUAUGGGAAUCCAGCAAGAAAACAGACAAAUCAGAGAAUUGCAACAAGAAAACAAAGAAUUACGUACGUCCUUGGAAGAACAUCAAUCUGCCUUGGAACUUAUAAUGAGCAAGUAUCGUGAACAAAUGUUUAGAUUGCUAAUGGCUAGCAAAAAAGAUGACCCGGGUAUAAUAUUGAAGUUAAAAGAGCAGCAUUCAAAGAUUGACAUGGUUCAUCGUAACAGCUCCGAAGGAUUCUUCCUUGAUGCAUCUCGACACAUCCUUGAAGCACCUCAACAUGGACUGGAGAGGAGGCACUUGGAAGCAAAUCAGAAUGAAUUACAAGCACAUAUUGACCAGAUAACCGAAAUGGCGGCAGUAAUGAAGAAAGCCAUUGAAAUUGAUGAGCAACAGGGCUGUAAGGAACAGGAAAGAAUAUUUCAGCUUGAACAAGAAAACAAAGGCUUGAGAGAGAUCCUUCAAAUAACCCGAGAGUCAUUUCUGAACCUUAGAAAAGACGAUGUAUCAGAAAGUACUUCUUUGUCAGCAUUAGUGACCAAUAGCGACCUGAGUCUGAGGAAGAACUGAAGAGUCUGAGUUUCUUGCACGGCUCCACGUGAUCCCUGGGGCUGGGACUGGCGCUAAUGAAUUAACAGGAAAAUCAAUUUCAUGCUACUCUUUUUUCCCCUUUAGUAUGUAAAUGACAUUUUUAAGAGGUAGUAACAAAAAAUGCAUAGUUCAUGGUUAUAGACUUUAUUCCAAAAUACCAUUGAAAAGUAGAAACUUGAGUUUGUUAAUUGCUGAACAAAUUGAAGAUUUUUACGUGACUGCUGAACAUAUCAAGAGCUUCCAGUAGUGCUGUUGGCUUUCCAGAUGAUACUUGGAAAAACAGGAAUAUUCCCAGUAAAUGUGUGGGAAUUCAAGAAGUUAUCCCAAUUUUAAAAUACACAUUUUGCCACAAUUUGGUGAAUGGAAGAUCAUCAUACUAAGUUUUAUCCUCUCUGUUUGGUGUCAAAGUUAACAAAUAGCUUAUGUACCAUGAGUCUUUAAUGAUUGCCUAUCUACCUUCCCAUUAAUUUAAAUUCUUGUCCAAAAAAAAAAAAAUCAGUUUGAAAGGCUGUAGGAAUGUCUUAUAUACACCAUAAACAAGAGGUAAUUUAAUUUUAGCUAACUUACCAUAAUAUUCAGCAAACAAUUGUCCAUAAUUGCUAAGCAUAUGAGAUAGCAUUUCAGGAAUGAAAGAAAAGAAAUACUACUUUCUAAGAAAGAAGAUCUUAUAAGAGACAUAUUUAGUAGGUUAAACUACUCUGAAAGAAUAAGUUUUGGUUUUAAAUCAUUAAUGAGAUUUUUCUCUUAUGUGGUUGAUAUUAAGGAUACUAGGUAGCUCAUUUAGCUAAAAGUUGAAAUGUUUGGUAAAGCAAGCUAUGUAUGGUUAUUUCAAAGUAAGUUGGGACAUCUUCUGCCUCAUUGAGUCCUUUUUUAAAAGUAACUGUUAAGAGAGAUAGAAAAAGUAAAUUAAAAUUAAAAAAAUAAUUUCUGGAUCUGUUCUUAAAGCACCAUGUGGUCCUCAUAACCUAAGAGAUUUUUCUUAUAACUUUCCAAUUAAAGAGGGACAAAAAAAAUGGUGGAGUUAGGAGUAUUUGUUUUAUUUUUUUAAUAAAAUAUAUAUCCAGUAUGUAAAUUUUAAAAGCCAUCAAAAAUAGAAUGUGCAUUAUCAAUUGAAAUGUAAUUUUUUUCUUAUUUUUGGUGAUUACAGAAUAAAAGGAUCAAAGAAGUGUCAGAUAUAUAUUAUGCUCAUUUAUAUUAAAUACAUAUAAAAAUUAGCAAAAUAGACAACUUACUUUUGAGUAUAAAUUUGUUAAAAAUUUACAUGAUAAUUUUUAUCUAUAAUUUCAUAUAUUGGUAAAGUUAAAACUACUUUUCAGAAUUUUUCUAUCUUAAGUUUGGGGUAAGUGGGAUUGAUGGGGCUGGUGGAAAAGGGCUAUUGACCCAAACAUUAAAUUGAUUUUUUGUUCUCAUUCAGAGGCCUUAAUGUUUUAUAAAUAAAUGACAGUUUUUAUUUUUUAACUUUUCUAUUUGUUUUUUGGGAAAGUAUUCCUUAAUUUGAUGACACUUCCAUUCAUAUAGUUUUUAUCCCAAGUUAGAAUUAAAGAAAAUAAGCUACAUAGUUCAGAUUGUCUGAGGCAGUUUAUUGAGGCAGCUCUAUUAUAAAACAUUACUUGAUAAUUAUUUUUGUAAACCAAUAAGUUGAAUUAAUUUAUUCUUAGUCUUCUUACUUGGAUAUAAUUCUAAGAUCUUGCUAUUUAAAGACAUUUACUUUGUUAUAUAGAAAGUUUUCCACCCCAUACUUUUUUGUUAAGCCGAACCUUUCAUUUAUUCUGAAGGUAUGUAGUGCAUAGGAGCCUAUUUUAUCAAUAAAGAUGUGAUUAAAAUUGCUGUGCUCUCCAAGUUAAUUUGAAAAUAAUGCUUACAUUUAUUUGUAGGGCUUUUUAUCUCUUCUUGGGGUUUUAAUGAUAUUUAAUAACAGGUAUCAAAUACAUCAUCAAGGAGUGAACUUUAUACGAAAACAUUCUAUACAAAUGCUACUGUGGAGAUAAGUAUGGGUAUUAAAUUUUGUUUUUUAGUGUAACUUUCUUUGAAGUGAAUAACAACAUAGGACCUCAGAGCAUUAGCUUGGAAAGAAAAAAAUGUUUUCACUGUGUAAAAUUAUAACCCCCACCCCCCAAAAAAAGGAGAUCAUUGCAAUAUUAAUAUUAGAAGCCUCCUACCAGUUCACCAGAGAAAAAUGGGAAGUAAUCAAUGAUUACAUUUUAUGAUAGAGCAACAGCACAUUUGGAAAGGGAGUCAGGCAUCCCAAAUUUUGGUCUGGGCACUAUUUCAUAACUUCAUAUAAUUGGCUCCUUCGUCAAGGACUUAACUAAUUAUUCUCACCACAAAAUCAAAAUAAUUAUGAUACGAUAAAAUAAAGGGUUCAGAUAACGUGAUUUCUGAAGUUCAUUCCUGCCCAGCCAGUGUGACUCAGUGGUUGAGCAUCGACCUAUGAACCAAAAGAUCAAUUUGCAAUGAACUUAUACAUAUAUGCAUAACCCGUGGUGAGGGCCUGGAGGGGGGUGGAGAACGGGAGCGGGCUGGAAGAGAAUGUGAGGAAAAGGAGGACUUAUGUAAUAUUUUGAACAAUAGAGAUUUUUCUAAAAAUAAAAUAAAUUUAAAAAACGGAGAUCACUGUUGGAUUCCUGGUCAGGGCACGUGCCUGGGUUGCCAGCUUGAUCCCCAGUAGGGGGCGUGUAGGAGACAGCCGGUCAAUGAUUCUUUCUCAUUGAUGUUUCUCUAUUCUCCUUCCUCUCUGAAAUAAAAAUAUCCUUUAAAAAAAAAUAAUGUCCAUUUGUGGUUUAAUAUUCAGAAAUUUCUUUGUUAGAAUCAGUUUACUAUCAUCUUCUAUGGAACUCAACUGAUCUGUAGCACUAGUGAGCUUUUGUGGUUUAGAAACAUGGUAGGUAGCCUAUAACAGGCUAUCAGAAACAAAACACUAAAGGACAGUAUACUUUUCCAAUAUUAUUUCUUUCCUUCAGUUUGACAUACCUGAAGUUCUAAUGAACUGAUCCACUAAAGACAUUAGCUUGCCCCAGAUUUCCUUCAUUUUUCAUUUGUGCUUAAACCGAUUCUUUAAAUAAUUUUUUAAUUAGUUGUUUUUAUAGUUAUGAAACUGUCCUAUGUCUUGUUACUAUGGUACAAAGAUAGUUGGCAAAAACAUUUUAUAAUAAUGAAACUUAAGCAAUUUUUCAAAAUAGGAAUUUAUUAUUAAAAAAUUGUACAAACGAGCUUUUUAUUACAAAUUAACAUAAAUUUUAACAAUUUGCAUCCCCCUCCAAAAAAGUCUGUGGUGUCUUUACAAUCUUCACUGGCAGUGUGUUUUGAUGGUAUAGAACACUGGUCAGCAAACCGCGGCUCACAAGCCACUGCAGCUCUUUGGCCCCUUGAGUGUGGCUCUUCCACAAAAUACCACAUGCAGGCACACAGGUAGAUUGCGAUUAAAACUUUAUGGCCCAGAAGUCGGUUUUCAGCCUGGGCAAGUCUUUUGAAGAAGUGGCAUUAGAACACUCAAGGGGCCAAAGAGCCACAUGUGGCUCGUGAGCCGCGGUUUGCCAAACACUGGUAUAGAAAAUAACAAACACAUUUCAUAGAAUGUACCAAAAUAUGGCAGAAGUCAGAAUCCCUACGGUGAAUUAUAAAAAAAAAAAAAAAAAAAAAAAAAAAUUCCAGUUUAAGUGUUACUGCAUUUAUAUAAAUAGUGUGGAUUUCAGAAUAAAUCAUUUCCAAGAUACUUUCAAAAGUAAAAGUUGAAAAUUUUCCAGCUAUCUGAAAUUUCAAAAAUCAAUUGUGCUUUGAAAAAUCUCUUUAAAGCAGCAUCAUUUCAAAUGGUGGCUAACUCACAAAUAUGCACACAACCACCCUGUCACUCAGGUAUGUCAAGAGUCCCAGGCACAGCCAGUGGCAGAGGCUCUGGCAAUUAAAAGGCCAUGAGGCACAGGUAUGCAGCCCAGGGCAGCCAGGUUACAUUCUCAUGAUG